UUGUCAGUGUCAUAUCGAAUAAAAGGUAAGAUUUUCUAACAAAUUAUGUGUGAAAACUAGAAAAUUAACAAAUUAUAAAAUAAAGUUUUAUGAAAAGUUUUUAUUGAGAGAAUUAUUUUGAAAAAUCGAGAAUAAAUAAGAUUCAGUUAUUGUUUAGAGAUAUUUGAGUUGAAUGAACUUGUAUUACUGAAGUUUUUGCGGAAUCUCCAAAUAUAUGCAUUCUAAGUUGUCUGUUCAUUGUGAUCAUGAUAAUUGGCGUCCUAAAAAUUGAGAUAAAUUGAGUAUUUUUCAAACUUCAAUAGUACCCAAUGACUAAUAAAUCGUAGACCAUAACCUGUGCAAUCAGGAAAAAUUCGUAUAAAUCUAAGUUUAAGUUUGUGUAAGUAAUGAAAGCAAAAUAUGCUUGACAAAUCAUUGUAAGAAAAAAUCCGAGUGACAUUGCCAUCGAAGAAAAACAUAGAUUUCUCUCAAAACCUUUCAAUCGAUUUGGAAGAAUUAUAAGAUAACAAAGUGUGAUUAUAGUUGUGACAAUUGUAACAAUCAGGGCGAAAAAAUUAAAGAUAAAAUGGAAAAGUGAUAAACUCGCCCAUUUAACUUUUUUUGAAUAUGCAAAUUGAAAUCCACCGCGAGAAGCAGCCGGAAAUGCUCGAGAAAUGAAAACAUUCCAAGUUGCUAGAAUAGGAAGUAAGAAAAUUAAACAAAUCAUAUAUGGAAUGAAGUUUCUCCACAUCUAAAAUUAAUUAGUGUUUUAAAAAGUAAUCAGUAUCUGAAUAUCAACCUUUGUAUGUUUCAUCGGCCAAACAACACAAGUCAUUCGAUUUAUAGUUAUGAAAACUUGACAAACUGGAUGGAAUGUUCUCAUAUAAUUAGUAAAAAAUAGAUGGAAAUUGAGAAAAUAAGAUGGGCUCGAGAAAAAAUCAGAUAAUGGCUCACAUAAAUAUGUGACAAACAAAAAAAGACGAUUUACAAAACUAUGUAUUAUCGUGUAAUAUAACAUCUAAACACAAAACCCUACAUUUUUUGGUUUAGUAUCAACUUACUGUUAGAAUUUCAAUCAGAAAUAUAAUGAAAAACGAGUUGUCCAAAUAAAUUUUUCUAUGUGUGAAAACGAUCACACGAACUAUUAAAAUAUUCAAGAAUGUUGUUGGAAUAAGAUAUGCCAAUUGAAUAAUAUAUACGAUAAGUUCAGAAAUCGGAUUAUACGUUAUAACACAAACAACUUUGAUUUCACCAUCAAAAUCAAGACCAGUCGUAUUCAUUGUUUUUUCUGAUAUAAAAAUAACAAUAAUCAGACUGAAUCAUUUCACAGGUGUAAUUUUGUUUUUAGGAAAUCAGACCGAAAUGAUCGACAUUGACAGUCUUAGUUUGCCCAUAUUGAUUGCCGUUUUCAUUGGUGUCAUUUCUGUGAUGGGAACUGCAAUUGUAUAUUUAUCAAGAAAAGAAGCACAAAAAGAAGUUGAAGAUUUAGAUGACGAUGUGUGAGUUCUAAAAUAAAACAAUACAAUAUUAGGAACUUUUUAUUUUUAGAGAUGCUGUGAUGGACGAAGUUCAUGAAGUAAUCAAUCCUGUAAAUAAUAAAAAAAGUAAACAUCAAAGAAAAAAUGAUCAAUGGAAAUCGAAAGACGAAUUCUCACAUCCUUGGUUAGUGACAAGUUUGAAGGGACAUACGGCUGACGUUUCGGACAUUGAUUUCGCAUCAGAUUUGAAGAAAUUUGUCUCGAUUUCUGAAGAUAGACAGAUUAUUUUAUGGGAUGUUAGGGUAAGUUUUUUUCGAAUUAAAAAAAUACUUUAUAUCUAAUAACGUCUUGUUUUCAAGGAUUUCGAGAAUCGUGAACAUCGCUGCUUCCGUCAAACAUUGGACUAUGACACUCCAACUCUUGUCAAUUUUGCUCCCGACUGUAAAUCUGUGAUUUUCAGUACAAAACGAGAAAACGCUCUUUGCGUUUAUAAAUUGGCGAAAAAAACUGAAGGAACUGGAAAUGUUCAUUUCACACACGUUGAUAAUAUCGAAUUCCCUCGAACUCACCAAGCAAAUAUUGGGUCCAUUGGAAUUGCUGCAAAUGGUUAGAGUUGUUUUGUUUUCAUUUUUUGAAAAUUUCUGUUAUUUUUUCAGCUCGAUAUUUAAUGAGUUCAUCUGCUGACAACAAAGUUAUUCUUUAUGAUUUACGUGGUUCAAUUCUGAAAAUAAUUGACGCGAAACUGGGAACAUUGUAUGAUUGUCGACUUUCACCUGAUGGUCGAUUUGUUAUUGUUUCUGGUUUUUCACCUGAUGUUUUUGUCUACGAACCGACUUUUUCGAGGGAUGGAGGUUUUCAGGAUUGUAAAAAAGCGUUCAACUUGGGAGUAUGUUUAUUCUGCAACCUGUAAAUCAUAAAGUAAGAGUGCAAUAUUUUUAGGGCCAACAAUCUGGUGUUUUGGCAUCUGCAUUUAAUUGGGCUUCAACUCGAGCUGUGACUAUUUCAAGAGAUGGAAAAUGGCGCGUUUUUGAUACUGAUAUUCGUUAUAAAGAUGGUCAAGAUGCGAAAAUUUUAAAAGAAGGAUCUUGGCAACCACUUCAUGGAGCUACUCAUGUUUUAUUGGCAGUUAGUCCAAGCGGAGAUUCGUUUGUUGUUUCUGUGAAAGAUGAAUUGAAACUGUUCAAUGCAAAAGAUGAAAAUGUUGAUCUUCCGGUUGUCACAAAUCUUCAUGGAAAUUCGAAUAUUUCAUCAAUUCGAUUCUCUUCCAAUGGACAAUUGAUUGCAACAAGUGGCGAUAAAGUUAUUAGGAUUUUAAGAAAUGUUGUUGAAGCCUAA